CAGGUGUGUUCCGUCAGUCAGUCUGUCUCUCAUCGGGUAGGAAGGAAAGGUCGAUUAGUCGCUCGCUUUUCUCACUUGGUUGAGCCGCGGCUCUCUGCUUUCAUCUGCAACGCAAUGGGCUUCUCUAGGGCCGCCGUCCUCUUCGUCGCCCUUCUGGCCGCCCUUCUGCUAAUCACGAAUGUGCACGGAAGCGGUUCGGAUGAAGAUGCGCUGGACCAGGAAGCGUUGCAGGACGACGUCUCGCUGGAUAACGACCGCGCCGUAUCCUACAAGGGGUACAAACUGAUGUCGGUUGCCCCGGUUUCGAAGCGCCAGAGGAAGACGGUCAUCAGACUAGCGGGCAAGCAGGGUGUCCAGUUUUGGCUGGCGCAGAAAAACGCCACUGGCAAUUUCGUUGCUCAGAUUCUGGUGGCACCAGGGUCUGUGGCGAGGGUGACAAAAAGACUGAGGGACAAGGGCGUUGACUUCAGAGUUGUCAUCCAAGACUUGCAGAGCGCAAUCAACGACGAGGUUACGUCUCUGCGCGAUGCUGAUGACGUUGAAAAUGGACACUCUUUCCAUUGGGAUAAAUUCCACAGACUCUCAGCCAUUUACGCGUACAUGCACCAGGUUGCGCGCCAACACCCUGAGGUGGCUGAGGUCAAGACCAUCGGCAAGUCGUCGGAAGGCCGCGACUUGCUGGUGCUCAAACUGGGAAGGAACUCGCAGCUCAAUAAACCAGCGAUGUGGAUUGAUGGGGGCAUCCACGCGAGGGAAUGGAUUUCUCCAGCGGCCGUGACAUACGUCAUCCGCGAGCUACAAAAGGACGCUGGUCUGCUGAACAAAAUGGACUUUUAUUUGAUGCCGGUGCUCAACCCUGACGGCUACGAAUACUCGCACACAAAAGACCGGCUGUGGCGCAAAACCCGUUCGCUGCAAAGAGCCGCUAACGCGACUAAGUCUGCCUCGAAAAGGAGCCGCUCGUGCUACGGGGUUGACGCUAACCGCAACUGGGACAGCCACUGGGGACAAAGAUCCGCCUCGAAAGAUCCCUGCAGCCACAACUACCCAGGGCCUCGACCCUUUUCGGAGCCAGAGACAAAAGCCGCCUCCGACUUUAUCCUGAAGUUGGCCCCUGCUGCCUAUCUUUCUAUGCACUCGUACUCACGGCUGUGGUUGAUGCCGUGGGGCCACAGUGAAAAUCCGUCGCAGCACGACCUGCUGCUCAGGAAGGUCUCCCUGAAGGCGGUCGAAGCUAUUCAGGACGUCGGCGGGCACACUUACAAAACUGGCUCUAUCCACAACGUUCUCUAUCCGAUUUCAGGUAGCUCAAUGGACUGGGCGCAUGAGAAAGCCGGCGUCAGGUUCGCAUUUUUGGCUGAGUUAGGAGACGCAGGAGAUUAUGGCUUCGUUCUUCCUCCGUCGGAAAUUGAACUGACAGGGAAGGAAAUGUUUGCGGCCGUGCGAGAAGUGGCCAAGGCGGCCAUUGAAGACCCCAAGGAUAAAUAAAGGUUUUGUGCACAUUCUUAUAAUUACACGAUGAUAAAUUAUUCAUUUUAAAUAAAUAUGACUUCGUCAGAAUUCCUUA